AUGGACCUCCCUGGCGAGCUACGGAACAACGUCUACUUGUUUUGCAAGAACGAAGGCAUCGUGGACAUGAAACGUCCCCAAGACAGCCACACUGGCCUACGGAUCGAUCGCACCCGCCAUCAAUUCUUAGGCCUCACUCAGGUCUCGAGGACGCUUCGAAGCGAGUUUGGGGCUUUGUACCGCGAACAACUUCAACUCCGGGUGGACGCACGACACAUCUACGAAUACCUCGCAAUGGUCAUUCUGGCAUACAGACGAUGGGAGGGAGGCGUCAAGACCGUUGUAUGCCCGAUCUUUGCCAACAUCAUCCUCGAUCUUGGCCCCGGGGUCAAUGAUCGAAACGAUUGCUAUUUGGAUAUCCUCCCGCUGCUGCUAAUACGCUCCAUGAAACCAUCUUUCAAAUGUGAGUUCGACUUCUCCACAGAGGUUGACACUACCCACGUUCCAACCGGCCCUCGUCAACCCUGCAGCCAGCUUGUAUCAGAAGUAUACGGGUCGCUACUCGUACAGGAUCUGAACAGUAUUCUCAGUGCGCCAAAGACAUUAGCAACGGUCCGACCCGAAAAUAAUAAUGUGGAUGCCGCGAUCCUUUACCUCAAAACUCUGGGUGUGCGAGACCUCAGAUUCUAUGGAGGCGCUUUAGCAGUAGUCUCGACACCAUUUCUCGAUCUCUGGCUUACGGCAGACCCUCCCUGGGGCUACAAGCGCGGCACCAUCAUUCACUCAGCGGGCCUCGAAGCGAUGGAAUUUCUCGAGAAUGCUGGCUUGGCCGAUGUCCGCAUACUGGACGUCCGGACGAAUUGUUGCAAGCCGGAGGAUUGGUAUGGAUGGCUGCAUCCUGGAGCGCCCAGAUGA